AGUCUAGUAUAUUUCUGAAUAACUUUUGUUUUUCAGCUUUGAGACGAGCAAGUAUUGGUAACAGAAGCAGAGAUAAUUGUCCAUUGAAAGCCACAGAUGGUGGAAAAAAUAUUUCUUUGAUUGAUAGUUAUGCAGUGAGGUUGGAAGAGAUGUUGGCAGGUGUACGUAGAACCAUUGGCAUAAAUCGAGAGACCACUCCACCUUUAGUGACAGUUAAUAUGUCAGAUGUUAGUUCUACUGAGUUUCCACGAAAUGGCCGUAGGAGGGGUACUUCAAAUAAAAUUGUGGAUCAAUCUGGUAUUAAUACUACUGUAGAAGAAGAAAUAAAAAUUGAUCAGAGAAGAAAUACUCGAAAGAAAAAUAUCGACGUACCAGAGAUUUGUUCAACACCCCCAAAUGUCAGUAAAGUUCGUUCUAGGAAAGGCACACCCAAUAGAGUUGCUGCAGAUCGAACAGUGCCAAAUUCUAAAGCUGAGAAAAUGAAUGUUGACAGUUACAUCGAAGUUUCAACAUCAACUGGAAAGACGCCAAAGAAAGUUCAGUUUGCUGUAAAUGAUGAUGAUAUAGAUUCAAAUUUCUCUGAAGACUCACUAGUUGAAUUUGAUGCUCGUCAAAAAUCUAUGCAUAGUUAUCUUUCAGAAUUAAAAAAGCAUUCACCUGAAGGAAAAGAUUAUGAAGAAUUUACUUCUUGGACCUUUAAAAAAAGUUCAGAAGAUCCUGCUGAAGAGGUUAUGCCUAGAUCAAGAGAUCAUCAAAACACUAUUGCUAACACCUUUGAAGAAAAUUUAGAUCCUUCUGAAGAAGUUAUGCCUAGAUCAAGAGAUCAGCAAAAAACUAUUGCUAACACCUUUGAGGAAAAUUUAGAUUUGGAUCCUCCUGAAAAAGUUAUGCCAAAAGCAAGAGGUCGCCGAAAAACUAUUUCUAGCACCCUUGAAGAAAAUUUAGCAGAUUUGAAUCCUCCUGAAAAAGGUAUGCCUAAAGCAAGAGGUGGUCGAAGAACUAUUUCUAGAGCCCUUGAAGAAAGUUUAGAAGAUUUUAAUCCUUUUGAAAAAGUUACGCCUAAAUCAAGCAAUCGUCGAAAAACUAUUUCUAGUGUCUUUGAAGAAAAUUUAGAAGAUACGAAUACACCUCACACAAGUGAUCAAACCAGCUUUAAGCGUAAAUCAGUUUCCAGUGUAAAUGCUGCUCCAUCACCCAAAAGAUUAAGAAGUGGGAAAAGAAACAGUGUUGCUGCUGUUACUAAAGUGAAAGAAGAACCUGUAAAUAAUUCUUUGGAGUGUGAUAGUUCUGCUGUUGAAGGUAAAUUAAUUGCAUUUUAAAACUGUGUUGCAUAU